AUGAUUAUACUUUUGACAUUCAUUUACAAUUCAUUCGCAGAGCAAUUUGCAUUUGUGGAACGAUUUCGGACACUUUUAUUAGCUCUGAUAUGUGUUGUAUUUGCUACAACAGGUCUUCUACUUUGUAUGCCUAUGGGUACGUCAUUUUCUACUUUAUUACAAUACGUUUCACAAUCAUCAAUCACGCAAUUAUUUCUUUUUAUUACUGUUUUCUUUAUUUAUGGAUGGUAUAAUUUGGAUAAUGAUGUACGGAUAAUGAUAAAUACCAGCAAUAAUCGUUCACUGAUAGCAUUUUUGCUUGGCUCAACAAGUCCUCUAUAUACUAUUUUACUAUUUACAUCUGUACCAGCACUUCUUGUGGCAAAAUUAGUAAGUGUAUUUGAUUUGCUAAUUAGUGGAAUGGAUAUUGAAAAGCAUAUUGACUAUGGUACAGCAUUUAUAUCAUCAUCUAAAAUAUUAAAUCGAUUCUUUGGAUAUUUGAUUUUACUUGGACCAACAGCAAUUAUUACCAUUUUUGCAUCUGUUUCAUUUUAUAUCAAUGUUAUUCUAUAUAGAAUGCCAUGGGGUACAAUUAUGGAUGCUACAGCAGACUGGACUUCACAUACUUCACUUAGACAGACGACAAAUCCAAAAUCAGCGCCGAUCUCACAUCAUCUAUUCACCUCUUUUCUCAAUAUUUCUUAUCGAACUGUAUUAUUUGUCAUAUUUAUUGCUGAAAUAUUCAUUGGAAUCAUUUUAUUUUUCCUUUUUAUUGGUAAUGUAUUUUACAUUCGUCUAGCAACUAAUAGCGCUAAUAUAACAGCAGCAGCAGGUAAUUUCCGCACUAUAUUAUUUCUCACUCUUCUAACAUUCCAUAUUUUAUCAUUAAUUGAGUUACGUUGGGCAUUGAAAAAAUGGGAUCAUUCAUCCAGAUUAACAAUGUAUAUAGCAGUUGCAACAAUAGAAAUGGCUUUUUUAAAUGGUUAUAUGUGGAUUGCAGCAGUGAAUCAUUCCUGGGGUUUAAAUUAUCAACCAUUUUUAGUAAUUUUUGUUAACACUUUUAUUCGUGGUAUUAUGAUUGCUAUUGUGAUAGCAAUUCGUUGGAAUAUGGCGGAAAUGUCACAUCCAACUCGUACACGUGAUGCAACCGAAAUUUAUGAUGCGACAGCUGAUUUAGACAAUGAUGCAGAUCAUGAUGAUGAUAUACCAACUAUUUAUGAAAUGCGACGUGAUAUUUUUACAUGA